AAUUGAUGGGCGUACUGAGCUGUGCAGUGAAAGGAGAUACCCUUACGCGUUUAUUUGUAGCAAAAACAAAAACCAUGUUCUGUCCUGGUUACAUCACUGCUUGUUGCUGGUUUGUCCACGAGACUCUUCCUGGAGCUCAGCUGUUUGUUCUCCCUGCGCGCGGUGACAAGCGGGUUGGACGAUGCUAUUGCGGCGUUUUAAAAGGAAAAAAGCUCAUGACAGAAUAACAACACAAGGCAGUGCAUCCCCGCUAGCGACACAUAUCAGUGUGUAUUAGUUUAAUCCGGACGCGGUUAUUUGCUUUGGACCUUUCAUGCACACUCGGUGGACUCGGACAAAGCGGCUACUUUGGGAGAUUUUGUGGAAACGCACCUGCCGUGAGACCCUGGAGCACAUGGGCAUCUGCUCCCUGAAUCGUACAUCGGACAAUCACAUCUGAGUAUUUCCGUCAAAAAAACUCGUCUGUUUCACCGCCAUGGAGGAUUCACAGAUUUUAAUCUACGUCGGUUUAUUAUUUACUCAUCGCGGGGCUUUAAACCAACCCGAGUAUGGGGAUGACAGCUGAUCGCCCCUCCUCUCUCGGGACUUAAGUAAAAACACGCUCGGAAGCCAGACUCUCAGUUUCAGCUGUGUUUAACAAUAGAUGGAGCGCAGAAGGCUGUGAUGUGUGUUUUGAUUGACACCUUUCCCUUAUCAGGUUAGCUUCACACCGACCAUUCCUUCAGAGGUUACACCGGCGACACGUUUCACUGAAGGCCUGAUUGUAUUUAAUAUGUUUGGACAAAUAACCCGUAUCAGUCGUUCUGCGAGGAAGUGUAUCAGCUCUGUGGAGAUGCUCUAUCCGAUCACCCCUCCACAUGGAAACUAUAUUCCUCUUGCUCUUUGCUUCUUCGCGCUAAACCCAUGGCCGGGGAUGAUCCCUGAGUAGCCGAUAAAAUAAUCAGCGUCGCGGUGUCAGCAAAGGCUUGAGCUUCUGGGGAUUUGUGUAGAUUAUCACCGGACUGCUAUUUUGUUCACUCGGCCACACUCAACUGAAUUUAGCUGCUUUUGAUCCGCAGCCUUUUCCCUGCUGUCUCCUGGAAACUCCAGCAGGGAAGCCUGCGUACAAGCCACGCUAUUCAUAGGGAAAGGGGGGAAACCGGGUUGCAUUCAUAAGCAAUGACUGCCACAGAGGUGUUUGGACCCAGAUCUGAGGAUACGACACAUUUGGCGCUGAUGUCACCCUGUGGAUGCGGGGGAAUGAGACGCGCUUCAAGGCUGUAGUUAACACUCCCUGUUUACUCGCAGCGUGCCUGCUGGGAUGCCGUCGCUGUGACCGGGAGAGGUAGACAGUCAGAAGAGACUCGGACACCCAGAAACACAAACACAGCGCACCGACUUUCCAGACCGUUUUGACUAUCUACCGGGCGGCUACCGGAGGAUGUUUGAGCCAGGAUGCUGCGCUUCCCCGUGAAGAAGAUCCGGAAGCAGUUCAAGCUCCUGCUGCUGCUGGUGCUGUUCACCUCCGCCGUGUGGUUCACCUACCUGCACAUCAACCAGGGAAAGACCAUCAAACUCCACUUCAACUAUGGAAAAGAUGGAGAGAGGCAGACGGAGGGGACAGACGCCAGCCGGAAGAGGGACACUCGCUCCUCCGCCGGCCACCACAAGAGCGAGGACACCAGCGACAGUAGGGAGGACGAUGCUGCAGAUGACGAGCCGAUCACAGGAGGGGCUGAUGGCAGACACCAUACCCGCAUUCGGAAGUUCCUCAGCCAGCGGCACAAGAAAUUGCCAUGGAAACCGGAGUAUAAGGGACAGGCCAACCUGCAUGUGUUUGAGGACUGGUGUGGCUCCUCUAUAGCCCAACUCAGAAAGAACCUGCACUACCCUCACUACCCUCAUACCCGCACCACGCUGAAGAAGCUGGCAGUCGCUCCAAAGUGGAAGAACUAUGGCCUGAGAAUAUUUGGCUUCCUUCACCCUUACAGAGAUGGUGAUUUCCAGUUCUCUGUGUCGUCUGAUGAUAACUCUGAGUUCUGGCUGAGUCCUGAUGAGAGCCCUCUCAGCGCCCGGCUGCUGGUCUAUGUAGGACAGCUCGGUACAGAGUGGACCGCUCCAGGCGAGUUCAGCAAGUUCAGGUCCCAGUCCUCCAAGUCUGUGCACCUUAUCUCAUCGAGACGUUAUUACUUUGAGGUCCUCCACAAGCAGGAUGACAAGGGCUCGGAUCACGUGGAGGUUGGGUGGCGUCCGUUCCUCCCUGGUCUGAAAUAUGAAGUGAUCGACUCGGCCUACAUCUCCCUGUAUACAGAUGAAUCCGAUCUGAAGAUGAACGCCGUGGACCACAUCCCUCAGACCUUGGCCAGUCACAUCCGUCUCCCGGAGGAGUUUCACCCCCAGGCUCUGGAGGGAGGGGGUGUCCUGCAGCACGGAGCGGAUAUGCUGAAGCCGGACCCCAGGGACACCUUCUAUAGCAUUCCUAUGAUCGACCCCUCCCGACUGGAAAACGUUCUUCCGGCCUGUCUCUACUCUCCAACCUACGUAGUCAAAGAUUUCCCCAUCGCCAGAUACCAGGGCCUGCAGUUUGUCUAUCUGUCCUUCGUUUACCCAAAUGACUUCACACGUCUCACCCACAUGGAGCGAGAGAACAAGUGCUUCUACAGAGAGUCCCCUAUCUACUUAGAGAAGUUUGGUUUCUAUAAAUAUAUGAAGAUGGAUGAGGAGGACGAUGACAGGCCGUUCUUUUUCCCCAACCCAGAUGAUUUCCUAGACGAGGAGGAGGUGGUAGACUUCGAGGACGAGGCGGAGAUCAUUGGCACGCAGCCGCCCAAGAAGCCCUCUCAUCCCAGCCACACCUCCAACCCCUCACAUCCUCACUCGAAGACUGCGCCCACGCCAGCUGGGAGAGAAGGGGAAGAAGAGGAGGAGGACCCCGAGGAAGAGGAGGAGGGGGCAGUCAACAGUAUCAAACGUCGCAGAGAGAGGAGACACUUUCCUCACAGAGAGGGACAGAUGGCUAAAGAUCUGGACUGGGGAAGAGAUCAUACAAACGGGAGACAGGACACCAGGAAGGGACUUGAAGAGCCCCAAACCAGGGGGCUUCAGCCCGACACGGACAGCGUGGUCCCGCCUCGCUCCUUGUCUUGGAUUCGCACUGGUCCCACAGAGCUGAGUCCUGGCAGGAAAGGAGGAGGGGGAGGAACAGGCGGCGGGGGAGAGAAGGGAGCUGAGACCCUGCCCAAACUGAGCAAGUCUUCACUCCUCUUCCCCCAGAAGACCUCCCUCUCUGCCCUUGCCAGCCGAGCCAAGCAGAUCCGCAGCAACUCCGCCCACGUCAACAACCUCCACGAUAACAACAACAACAAGGUCGGAGGGAAGAAAAAGAGGGAGGAGAACAAGAUCUACAUCACCCGGCCUCGGCCUGCCAAGGAGCGGGAGAAGGACAGGGAGAGGGAGCAGCGUCGGGAGAGGAGGGAGGAAAGGGCAUUGCGCCACCCUAGAGAGGUGUUCCCGGGGGUGUUUCUGUACCAAACUGGGAAGACCACUAGGUUGGUUAACCUGGGUGCCAAAGGACAUGCUGGGGGAGGAGGAGGCAAAAGUCUGGUUAGUGCCCCUCAGCUCUGGCCCAACCCCCCCACAAAAGAGGGUAAGACCUCUCCUCGCAAUGGAAGCAUCGACACUCAGAGUGAAAGUGUGCCGAAGUCUGGGGUCAAACAGUCAGAGACAAGCAGGAGGAGAGGGGAUCACGGGGGUUUACAUACUACUGAUGUACCCAACCAAAGGGACCCGCUGUCCAAUCAUCGAGACCCCCCUCCUGUUACCCAGCAAAAGAUAAACUCCACAGAGAACACGCUCCAAGGACAAACACGUGUCACCUCCUACCUCAGGACCUCAGAGAUCACAGAGUCCCAGCAGCAGCCAGACCCCAACCCGGCAGAACUCCAGGAUACAAACCGCUCUAACCCCGAGCCAGAACCGGAGGAGGGAGAGUUGUCGGACUACAGCUACGAGGAGGUGGAGCCGCGGCCAGGUUGGGCGGAGGAGAGCAUCAACUGGCAGAGGACCUUCUCCGUCAACCCCAUGGACUUCGAGCUGCUGCGCUCCGACUGGAACGACCUGCGCUGCAACGUGUCCGGCAACCUACAGCUGGCCGAGAGCGAGGUGGUGGACGUGCUGGCGCAGUACAUGGAGAAACUCAACGAACGCAACGGAGGGAUCUACACCCUGCUGCGAAUCGUUAACGUUGAGAAGCGGCGCGACUCUGCGAGAGGGAACCGCUACCUGGUGGAGCUGGAGCUGAUGGAGCGAGGCCGCAGCGUGGUGCGUCUAUCCGAGUACAUCUACCUGCUGCUCCACCGCAGCAGGAUGGGGGAGGAGAGCGUAGAGAACACUGACUUUGCCCCGGCCUCACCAGCUCUGUCCCCAGCUUCCAUCCCAUCCCCUGCCACAUCCAGCCUGACCACACCACCACCCCCCCCUCCCUCAGCCAGAUCCCCCGCCAGGCCCGGAGCGACACCCUGGAGCACCGCCUACGCUAAGCCUCUGCUCUGCCAGCCUGUCAUGCUGCAGUGGAGGAGAGAUGUCAUGGUGCAUUUUGUGGUGCCAGUGAAAAACCAGGCCCGCUGGGUACAGCAGUUCAUCUCUGACAUGGAGAAUCUUCAUCGCCAAACAAAGGAUGACAAUUUCAGCAUCAUCAUCGUCGAUUUUGAGAGCGAAGACAUGGACGUGGAGCAGGCACUGAGAGACAGCAGUGUGCCAAGAUAUGAGUAUCUGAGGAGAGAGGGGAACUUUGAGCGCUCGGCAGGACUGCAGAUCGGAGUGGACACUAUCGAGGAUAGUCAUAGCAUUGUGUUCCUUUGUGAUCUGCACAUCCACUUCCCUCUCAACAUCUUGGAGAGCAUAAGGAAGCACUGUGUGGAGGGACGCCUCGCUUUCGCUCCCGUCGUCAUGAGACUCAGCUGCGGCAGUUCGCCACGGGAGCCCGAUGGGUACUGGGAGGUGAACGGCUUCGGCUUGUUUGGAAUCUAUAAGACUGACUUUGAUAAGAUCGGAGGGAUGAACACGGAGGAAUUCAAAGACCGCUGGGGGGGAGAGGACUGGGAGCUGCUGGACAGGGUACUGCAGAAUGGUUUGGAGGUAGAGAGACUACGCUUAAGAAACUUCUUUCACUACUACCACUCCAAACGAGGCAUGUGGAACACCCAAAACAAGAAAACUCCUAAGGGAUAGCUCCCCCUGCUGGUCGGAGGAUACUAAAACUACUUGCAGAUCCACUGUGUGUGAGAGAGAGACCUGUAGGAGCUCACUCACUGCCUGAACUCUGCCUUUAUUUACAGGCUCCUGUCAGGGACGCCUCUGUUUGCCAUCGGCCCCUCUUGUACGCUUGUGGGUAUGAAGACAGAGUCCAAAUCUGAACUUAACAAGUGAACUGUUUACGCAGACAGACCUGAGUCAUCACUUUGCCUCACUGACUCAACUACUGUACUAGAGAGUUGUUUUUGUUCUCCCUCUCUCUGUCCUUCUUUUGGUGCAAUGUUUUCAGACAGACUGGAAAGCAGCUGUGUAUGUGUGGUUGUGUGUAUGUGUGGGUAAUGUAAAUAUAUAAGUGUGUGUGGGUGUGUUGCCGCUUGUGUGUGCUUACGAUGACAGGAAGCACCUUUUUUUCUAACAAGAAGAUGUGAAGACAACCUAAGAUCUUUUUUCUAACACGCUCUCACCUGAGAGCCUAAUAGAAUGUGUGUGAACAUGUUAUUCAGAUAGAUUGAGACAUGGUGGCGUAGAUCGAGUAGAGGAACUCUGAAUUGCUAAAUACAUAAAAUACUACCUGUUGGUUAUCAAUAACCAGUAUGUCCGACGUGUUGAUAUUCUCCUGAUAACAUGAUAUUAUGAAUAAUUGAAAGUUUUUGAAACAGUAAUGCCCUUUUCCAAACAGAUACUGAAAGAUACGUCAUCUUUAUAUCUCUCUCUUUCCCUCUCUCUCCCUCUGUAUCUUUUAUAACCUUCAGUCAAUUUCAUUUUGUUUUUGUUGAAACAUUGCUCCACCCAUAUUAAUGGUAGCUAUCAGCUAUGGCUUGAUUCAUUUUUGUUGUACUGUUUGUUAUUUAAACGUUUUGAGUGUCCUCACUGAGUACGAAUGCACAAAUAUUUGGGGUGCUUUUUUAUUUUCUUAAACACUGAAUUUGUGAACAGUUUACAACGUUUAAUUUACAAUAUCCUCUAUUCCCUCCACAUCUCUUAUGUAUUUGUAUCAUCAACUGGAACAGACAACUCUUACAUGAGGGAAGGAGAAGACAACAACGUCUUUCUGACAUUUUAUUUAAUGUUGUCACAUUUUAUUAGGCAUUUUCCGAGCUUAGAGUGUCAUUUCAAAUAUUGGAUUUGUGGGAUCUCUACCACCAAGACAGGAAAUGCUUAGCUAUCGAAAAACAUCAACACUCUUCUUUUUCGACUUGCACAAAGCUCGAACAGAAGGGAGACCAGUUAAUGUGUCGUGGCAAGGCAUGGCUGUUUCACAAAUGUGUGCCUUUAUCAGGGUUUGGCUGCUGGCAGUUUUUAAACUAUUCUAAUGACAGAGGAGGGCAAGGGACAAAUCACAGUUAUUUAUCAGCAGGCUGUAAUGUCACUGUACAUCCAGCUACAUUGUAAGACGGAUACAGUUCUCUUCAAUGGAUUACAGAGGUGUCAGUGUGUCCGUUAUACUACUAGAAAGGAGUGGUUUAAAGCCAGUUGCCCCAUUGGUGAGAUACACGGAGAUGGUACUAAUGACUACUGAGUGAAAUACGGAGGUGUGAUGGAGACUCACAGGCAGCUGCAGUACAGCCGGACUCCACCUGCUUCCAUUAGUUUGGCUGGAGGCCGUGCUCCUAAUGCCUCUGUUUAUGCAACAUGGUACUUAUAUUGAUGGGGAGUGGCUGGAAGGCUUAGACUGGACAUAUAUGUGGAUGAGAUGUAAUGAUCUGUUAUUGACUAUAUGAUUGUCAAAAUGUCAUCCAUGACCCUUUCUUUGACUCUACAGGAAAAAAGGUCUUCACUGUAGGCCAAUUUAUACUGAUAUGGGACUAUUUAAAGAACAAAAGAAACACAUUAAAUAUAAGACUAAAUAUAUAACAAACGUAAAAAUGAAAAAUAGGAAUAUACAUUCCAAGGUAAUUUCUGUGAAAUUGUUUUGUAGAGAAAAGGUUUUAAGAAUGUAUUGUACUUUUUUUGAUUUGUUGUUUUUUUUGCAAAUAAACUUUUAUGCUUA